AUGCGUAAACGUCUGCCCCGCCAAAAAUACCGCGCUCGACAGCUCCGCCUCAAUCACGCUCCGGUUCUGGCCCUCCGUAAAAUCAAACAACAGCUCGGGAUCCGUCGAAAACGACACCGCUGCAACCUGCACCGCAUUGGCCCCGAUCCUCUCAAUCCCGCUCACCACGCUCUGUGCAAAAGCAACAACCUGCUCCCACCCAGACGCCUGCAGCGAGUCGCUCGAGUCCAGCACGAGCACUACAUCCACCACACGCUCAGACACGUGCUAGACGUACUCGAUGUACUGCUCGUACUCGAUGUACUGGAGGUGCUGCUCGUGCUGCUCGUGCUCGAUGUACUGGAUGUACUGGAUGUACUGGAUGUACUAGAGGUGCUGGACGUGCUGGACGUGCUGCUCGUACUCGAUGUACUGGACGUGCUGGACGUGCUGCUCGUACUCGAUGUACUGGACGUACUAGACGUGCUGGAUGUACUGGAUGUACUAGACGUGCUACUCGUACUAGAAGUGCUCGACGUGCUAGACGUACUAGACGUGCUAGACGUACUGCUCGUGCUUGACGUGCUAGACGUGCUACUCGUACUAGAACUGCUCGACGUGCUCGACGUGCUAGACGUGCUACUCGUGCUCGACGUGCUAGACGUGCUACUCGUACUAGAAGUGCUCGACGUGCUAGACGUGCUCGACGUGCUAGACGUACUGCUCGUGCUCGACGUGCUAGACGUGCUACUCGUGCUCGACGUGCUAGACGUGCUACUCGUACUAGAAGUGCUCGACGUGCUAGACGUGCUCGACGUGCUAGACGUACUGCUCGUGCUCGACGUGCUAGACGUGCUACUCGUACUAGAAGUGCUCGACGUGCUCGACGUGCUAGACGUACUGCUCGUGCUCGAUGUACUGGAUGUACUGGAUGUACUGGAUGUACUAGAAGUGCUGGAUGUACUGGAUGUACUGGAUGUACUAGAAGUGCUGGACGUGCUGGACGUGCUACUCGUACUAGAAGUGCUCGACGUGCUAGACGUGCUUGACGUGCUAGACGUACUGCUCGUGCUCGACGUGCUAGACGUGCUACUCGUACUAGAAGUGCUCGACGUGCUCGACGUGCUAGACGUACUGCUCGUGCUCGACGUGCUAGACGUGCUACUCGUACUAGAAGUGCUCGAGGUGCUCGACGUGCUAGACGUACUGCUCGUGCUCGACGUACUGGAUGGACUAGACGUGCUGGACGUGCUGGACGUGCUAGACGUUCUCGAUGUACUAGACGUACUGGAGCUGCUCGAUGUACUGGACGUACUGGACGUACUGGACGUACUGGACGUGCUAGAUGUACUAGAUGUGCUCGACGUGCUAGACGUGCUUGACGUGCUCGACGUACUGGAUGUACUAGACGUGCUGGACGUGCUGGACGUGCUAGACGUUCUCGAUGUACUAGAUGUACUAGAUGUACUUGAAGUACUCGAUGUACUAGAAGUACUUGACGUACUAGAUGUGCUUGAUGUACUCGAUGUACUCGACGUGCUGCUAGUGCUACUGGCCAUCAUGCCUGUUGGACUCAAAAUGUAUGACCCUGCAGAUGGGCAGCAACUGACUCUCUGUUUCACAGCAAACGGGCAUACCAUGUGA